CUUGAUGAAGGUUAGGGUUGCUCGGCAUCUGCACAGUCGUAAAUCAUCAAAUAAUUCAGUAAAGAAAGAAAACAAAGGUAAAUAGCUUUUGGUACUUAAUUUUCUAGCUUAUUUUGAAUUCAUCAUCAUGUGGAAAUAUGUAAGUGGUGCAAUUGCAGUUGGUUCAAUUGCUUAUGGGUUGAUGCGAUACUUUGCUGGAGGUGUUUGUCAUUGUACUGCACGUUUGGAUGGACUAGUCGUCAUCAUAACUGGUGCAAAUUCUGGCUUGGGAAAAGCACUGGCUUUUGAAUUGGCAAAAAGAGGUGCCAUACUAGUGUUGGCUUGUCGAGACUUGGAUGGUGCACUGACAGUGAAGACAGAGAUACUGUCCCAGCUGGAAUACAAAGCAGAGAUUCAUGUGAAGCAUCUGGACUUGAACUCGUUCAGUAGCAUAAUAAAAUUUGCAAAAAAUAUUGAUGCAGAGUUCGAGGAGGUCUAUGCGUUGGUGAAUAACGCAGGGGUCUUCUAUCAUCCGCAGUCGCUAACGCAGGACGGAUUCGAUGUUACAUUUCAAACAAACUAUCUGGGUCCAUUCUUGCUGACACAACAGUUGACUAAGGUGCUCAAACGCGCGGAUCACGCGAGGAUCAUAAACCUCUGCUCCGAUGCUCACAGGAACGCAACCGCCUACGAUUUGACAUGCUUGAUGACAACGCAAACUGAGUUUAGAAGUCACUUCCUAGCGUACAGCGUUUCCAAACUAGCACUCCUUCUUUUUACCAGGGAGUACGCAAAAAGAAUAUCCAACACGAACAUUGUCAUCAAUGCGGUGGACCCUGGCAAUGUAGAGACGAAUAUUUACAGGCAUUUUCCUCAACUGUGCAACUCCUGGCUAUAUUGUCUGCAGUGGCCAAUUAGGAAAAUCGUCGUCAAGAAUCCGUAUCAGGGUAUUCAGUCCAUACUUCAUAUGCUCUUGACCUCCAACCAUUCAACCGGUCAGUACGUACAAGAUUGUAAGCCAGUGGUGCCAAGUCAAUACGCCACAAAUCCGAAACUCACCAUCAAUUUUUACGAUCAAACCCAGAGCCUUCUCGAGAACAGCUUUAGCGAAUCGGACUGUUAAUGAUGUCGACGU